UGAAAAUGUUUCAGCUCAAAGUUUCUCCAGCAGCAGCAGCUCGAGCGCGCGGGAGUCUCGCGCACAAACUCAUUAUUCAGCGUCCGCUUGACAGGGAUUUUCGUACUAUUUUGCGGAGGAAUCUGAUAGUUCUCACAGAGUUUUGCUCCUAAACAGCCUAUUAAGGAAACUUUUUCUAACGGGACCUUGUUUUGGCUGAAGAAAGGAUGCGAAUAAAGACGUUUGGGAGUUGACAUGUUUGAAAGGUUUGAGGGCUGAUUGUGUGGGGGAUUGUUGUUUUUGGGUGUGUUUAGUAUCUAAACAUCUGGCUCAUGUCCUCGGAGACUAUUUUACCUCCGGAGGGGCCUGAAGGGCCAAAAAAGCAGCUACAAGAGGAGACAAACCCACUUCUGUCUAAAUCAACAGAUAAAUGCAAUGGCUGCACUGAUGAAUCCUCAAAUGCUAUGGAAACAUCCAGAACUCCGAUACCAGGAGACGCCACUUCAGACGGACCGAAUCACAUGACUGAGAACCACACCCAUGAUGAUCUUGUUAGAACUCAACCUCAGCCUCUGCCCCAGCCAGCAACAUCCCUGCAGCAUGGCAUCGACGGAGAGGCUGCCAGACAGCAGAACGGCCUGCACACGGUGCUAAGUAACGGCCAUGGCACGCCCCAUGGGGUCACGCAACCACCCUCCACCAGCCCCACCUCCGAGUCCAGGAAGCACCCAUCGCCCGUCUCGCACCGCGUGCAGAGAAAACUUCGCUCUAGUCUGUCGGUCAACAGCGACAGCAGCAGAAGGAGCAAAAUCAGCUCGACAGGUUCCCAUAAACCCGGCUCGACUCCAGAGGACUGCUGUGUCCACUGCAUCCUGGCCUGCCUGUUUUGUGAAUUUCUCACACUGUGCAAUAUGGUGGUGGCUCAGGCGUCGUGCGGCACCUGCACUUCAGAAGCCUGUUGCUGCUGCUGCUGCGCAGACGACCUGGGAGACGACUGCAACUGCCCCUGUGACAUGGACUGUGGCAUUAUGGAUGCGUGCUGUGAGUCCUCGGACUGCCUGGAGAUCUGCAUGGAGUGCUGUGGAAUCUGUUUCCCAACAUAAAAGCCCUGAUACAUGCAGGCCACAGCCAGGACAGAUGCUGAGCGAGAGAGACUGUGUGUGUCUGUGAGUGUGUGUGUGAGUGAGAGCUACGGAGUGUGUUCUUUUCACAGGUGUGAAAAAUCUGUUCCUGAGCUUAAGAUUGACCAUAAAGGUCAUACGAAAGGACUAAAAUACAUUACAUACUUCACAUAUCCUUGUAGACUAAAAAAGUGCAUAAAGACAUAUAGAUAUUCAGUGCUUUAUAUUCAAUGCUUUACUGUAUCAGAGCUUGUUCUAUUUACUGUUUUUACAUCUCUUCUCAGAGGUUUUUAACAUAUUUCCUUUGUUUUUGUUUUUAAAGACACUUCACACUUUAUCAUUUUAAAAACUUGCAGAUGUUGAAAUUAAAACGGUAGACGUCACACAACUUGAGGUCGCUCUGCACAUCACUGUAAUUUGAGUGGAAACACGGCGCUUUCACACUGUCAGAGGUCAAGCCUUUGUGGGUGUUAAGUGGGAUUCUUAUUUUGAACUGUUUCUGAAAAACAGAGAGGGCUGUUUAAAUGAUAGCCAAUUUUGGAAGUCUUUAUUUAAACUGCGUCUACUGUAGCUCGUUUAAUUAAAUGUCCCUAAGUUCUUGAAAUGACAUUAGUAGUUAGCUUGCUGACGCUUUAAAGACACAAAUGAACUGGACACACCGAAAUCCACUUUAGGCAAGAUUUUUUUUUAGUAACUACUUGACUUUUUGUUUUUCUUUAAUAAGCCUCUGCUCAAGAUACACUUUCAAAGCACCUUUUUUGCUUUAGUACUUAAGUGAAUACUGAAUACACUAUUGCAAAGUGUUAUUUUCCUUUACUGUUAAAUCAUACAUGUAGUUCAGAUUGCAUUGCCUGAGGCCUUCUUGUGAAUUGUACAAAGCUGGCAUUUGUCGGCAUUAUGUAAGCUAAUGUUAGCAUCGUAACGUUAACACAGUUGGUUUUUUGUUCAUAGUGCGUAAUGCCUUCGGUACGCCGUGCGUUUGUGAUUCGUCUGACUCAUCUCGUCAAAACUGCUUACGACAGACUUGCCAAACUGAGCUUCAGAACACAGUGUGACUGAACUGACCUGAAACAUUCAACUGAACCCAGUUCAAAACAAACAACUUUACCUCUACAGACUUUACCUCUCCAGAUUCAGACUAGUUCUUGAGUAUCUUUUGACUAGAUUUCAUUUUCAACCAAACUGACGUAGACUGGCUCUUUGACACUGAAAAGUAUAGCUGACUUAAGAUACUAUAAUAGUUUGGUGUUACUGGAAAGGCUUUUCAAAUGAAUGAAAUGCAUUUUAAUAGUAAGAAAACUAAACUCAUGUCAUAUUCUUGAGAUUUUAAUUUCAAAAUAAAUUAUAUAUAUAUAUAUAUAUAUAUUGCAGAGAGCUUGAAAAAUGCACAUAAGUAUAUACAUUGAUGUAAAAUCUCCCUUUCUCAGAGCAAAACAACUAUUUAAUUAAAAAACCAUUAAGAUAAAAAUGAAAAUAGGCAAUUAUUUAAAUUUAAUUGCAACACAAAUGUCUUCUAAUGCUCAUUUGUAGCUAAUUGGUAUUUCAGACGACCAGACAAAAGUGUUAGUCUAUUGCUUGUCUAACCCCCACAUAUAAAAAUUCAGGUGCCAUACUUUUUUUUUUUUUUUUUUCCUUGUUAAAAAGAAUGUGAAUAGAGCUUAGCCUUUUGUAUCUGUAUUCAUACUGUAUUAGCCCAUUUUGAUGUUUCCUCUUUGUCCUCGAUUCCCUUUUAAAAUGUUUUCAGUAUGUACCAAGCGUUGUUUUGUUAAUGGACCAUCAACAAUUUUCUAAAAAUAAAAAUGUUAAACUGGA